UAAAAAAUUUCAAGUUUUGAUGCUUAUCUUAGUAGCAUAUGCUAUUUUUGGAUGUUGUUUUCUUCAUCAAAUUUUCUUUUUUGCUUAUUACCUCUGAUGAUCAACGUUGCUUCUGUUUGUUUAAUCCAUAUGGAGGGCUUUGAAUUUGAUAUUGGUCUGUAUUAUUAGGCUAUAAUGUUCAAAAGAAGGGAAACCAAGAACAACUUUUUCUUAAGAUGUGGAAGAUCUUAUGUUUCAGCCUAUUUAUUCAUCAGUGAAGUGGCUUUGACAUUUAUUUUUGUUGUAGGCUGGUAGAGAUCAUUUGAAAAUAGCCCCCGAUGUUCAUCGUGCUCUUUUGCGUGGUGAUGCAGUUGUCGCCUUAGAAUCGACAAUAAUUUCUCAUGGUAUGCCAUAUCCAGAAAACCUUCAGACAGCAAGAGAGGUUGAAGCUAUUGUGAGGGACAAUGGAGCAAUUCCGGCAACCAUUGCUAUUUUAGAUGGUGUUCCCUGCAUAGGCCUUGAUGAUGAGCAACUUGAGAGGCUCGCAAAACUUGGGAAGAAAGCUCAAAAAACUGCUCGCAGAGACAUUCCACAUAUUGUUGCAGCUCAUGGAAAUGGUGCUACAACUGUUUCUGCAACCAUGUUUUUUGCAUCUAAAGUAUUGCCUUGUAGCUUGUCUCCUUGUUGGGAUACAUGUUUUUGUCACUGGGGGAAUUGGAGGAGUCCAUCGGCAUGGUGAACAAACCAUGGACAUAUCGUCUGAUCUGACAGAACUUGGAAGGACGCCAGUGGCAGUUGUUUCAGCUGGAGUGAAGUCAAUCCUAGAUAUACCAAGAACCCUGGAGUUUCUGGAAACUCAAGGUGUGACUGUUGCUGCUUACAAGACCCAUGAGUUUCCUGCAUUUUUUACAGAAUCAAGUGGAUGCAAGAUACCUUGUCGUCUAGAUAGUCCGGAAGACGGUGCUAGGCUAAUACAUGCAAACUUGAAUUUAGGACUUGGAUCUGGAAUAUUAAUAGCAGUUCCUAUUCCAAAAGAUCAUUCUGCCUCAGGAUACACAAUAGAAUCUGCGAUACAAAAAGCCCUUGAAGAAGCGAAUCAUAAGAAUGUGAUUGGCAAUGCUGUCACUCCUUUUUUGCUUGCUAGAGUGAAUGAACUAACUGGCGGAGCUUCACUGGCUGCUAGUAUCCUUGCUUGCAAGUUUUAUGUCCAAGUGUCAGAACAAUGUUCUCGUUGGUGCAAAGAUUGCUGCUGUGCUUGCCAAUCUCAAACGAGGGUUUGUGAGAUCGGCAUUGUAGAACAAGGAAUUUGCUCGCUUUCUGCUGUGCUGACUGCAUUUAUGGUACUCAUUGUGCAAGAAUUUACGGUCUAUAUUUUUCAUUUCCAUACAUAUUGUGGUUCGAGUUUGCAAACAUACUUUAUUUCAGAUGUCAAAAUUGUUGAGAAAUAAGUUAAACUCUUGUUAAGGAGGUGAUGUAAUCAUAGUACUUUUAAGUGAAAUCUUAUUCAUUGCAUCCCCAUUGUGAUGUUUAAA